UGAUUAAUCAAGAUGUUAAAACAAACUAUAUUCCCUUUCCAGAUUCAUUCUAUCCUUCAAAGAUUUUUGGACGCAACUCGUCACAUUUUAAUCAUCCAUAAUGAGUGCCACUGUCGCCGAAGUUACAUUCAAUACAGGUUUGUACAUCAACGGACUAUGGAAGAACGGCCGGGGAGAGCCUCUUCUGUCUGUGAAUCCGGCUACUGAAGAAGUCAUAGCAGAAGUUCAAACCGCCAGCAAAGAAGAUGUCGAUGAGGCCGUGAAAGCCGCAAGGCACUGCUUUGAAACUGCUUGGGGUACUGAAGUAUCGUCUCAAUUACGCGGCCAGCUGCUUUUCAAGCUAGCCGAUGGUAUGGAGGCGGCAAUGGAAGAGCUGGCUAAACUGGAGUACCUUGACUCUGGCAAGCCUCUCGCUUGGUGUAAAGCAGAUAUUGAAGACUCAGUAGCCUGUUUGAGGUACUAUGCUGGUUCCGCCGACAAGAUACAAGGAUCAAUGAUUGAGCUUGACGACAAGCAUAAGCAUGCCUUGGCUCGCAAGGAGCCCAUCGGUGUUUGCGCUCAGAUUGUACCUUGGAACUAUCCUCUUUUAAUGAUGAUUUGGAAAAUUGCCCCUGCCCUGGCUGCUGGUUGCACCAUUGUUUUCAAGCCCGCUGAGCAAACACCUCUCUCGACUCUCAAGUUUGCCGAGCUGUUUGAGCUUGCAGGAUACCCAGCUGGAGUUUUCAACUUGGUCAACGGCCUCGGUCGAACCACUGGAGAUGCUCUCUCCAGGCACAUGGAUGUUGAUAAAAUCGCCUUCACCGGCUCCACAAUCACUGGGCGACGCAUUGCCAUUGCUGCAGCUGAGUCUAAUCUGAAAUCGGUCACACUCGAGCUUGGCGGGAAAUCCGCAAAUAUCGUUUUUGACGACGCGAACCUACAGGAAGCAGCGAAAUGGGCAGCCUUUGGCGUAUACGAGAAUAUGGGUCAAUCAUGUAGUGCCGGGUCAAGGGUGCUUGUGCAAGAGUCAAUCUACGAUCAGUUCAUCACACAUUUCAAAGCUGCUGCGGAGGCCUUCAAGGUCGGCGAUCCGGCAGAUCCGGAUACUUUUCAAGGACCGCAAGUCAAUGAGGCGCAAUUCAGGAAGGUCCUCGAUUAUAUUGAGAGUGGCAAGCGAAGCGGGGCAAAACUUUUGACCGGCGGCAGUAGACAUGGAUCCAGAGGGUACUUUAUCCAACCAACAGUGUUCGGAGACGUCACUAUGGAUAUGAAGAUAGCGAGAGAAGAAAUAUUUGGCCCUGUGGCUUCUGUCAUUCGUUUCAAGGACGAGGCUGACGCUAUAUCGAUUGCCAAUAACACCGAAUAUGGUCUGGCCGCCGCCGUUCAUUCUCAGAACUACGCUCGAGUUCAGCGAGUUACACGCAAGUUGAAGGCAGGUACCGUAUGGAUCAAUCAAUACGUAGCACUCUCUCAUCAGGUUCCUUUUGGUGGAUAUAAGCAGUCUGGAUGGGGCCGAGAGUUGGGAUUGGAGGGUCUCGAGCCUUACCUUAUCACAAAGUCAGUUCACCAUUACUAUGGCGGAGAUUUCGAGUGGCCCAUCAAGAUAUAGAGUCGCUAGCUAUCGGUUUAUGAUCAUGUUAUGCAUUCCAGAAUGCG